AUGAGGAAGGAGCUCGAACAAGCGUGGCGGCGGAUGAGAGUCGCGGAGGAGGCAGAGGAAAGGCUCUGCUCUCAGCUGGGUGAGUUGGAGGCGGAGGCCGUCAAUCAGGCCCGCGCUUACCACGCUCGCAUUCUCUCUCUCAUGGAUCAGGUCCUUCACCUUCAGCAGCAAGCAGCUACCUAA